GAGUAGGUUAGGUUGUGAACCCAAACAAAGCUCCGUGGCGUAUAGCUAGUCUGCGCUCGCCUCUAGAGCUCGCUUCUCAUUUCUUCUUCACCACACUGUUCAGAAUCACAACCCUAUAUCUUCCAUCCUUUACUUAUCUUAGUUCAACGUCGCAUGCCAUAGAUUGAACCAAACUGCUACUACGGAAUCCAUCUUUCUCCGCUCCUAGAUUCUCACUCACAAUCUCCGCCACACACUUUUCUAUCCGUUCCGAAACGAUUAGCAUCAGAAGAUGUCUGGCGGUUUCUUUCGAGGAACUUCUGCGGAUCAAGACACUCGGUUUUCGAACAAGCAAGCAAAGCUGCUAAAAUCGCAAAAGUUUGCCCCAGAGUUGGAACACCUGGUGGACAUGACGAAGGUUAAUAUGGAGGUAAUUAAGCCUUGGAUCACUAGAAGGGUGACCGAGCUUCUAGGGUUCGAAGAUGAAGUGCUUAUUAACUUCAUACACAGCCUUCUGGAUGCAAAGGAAGUGAAUGGGAAGGAAGUCCAAAUACAAAUUACUGGAUUUAUGGAAAAAAACACUGGAAAGUUCAUGAAAGAACUCUGGGUGCUUCUUCUCAGUGCACAGAAAAAUGCCAGUGGUGUUCCUCAGCAGUUCUUGGAUGCCAAGGAAGAAGAACUCCAGAAGAAGAAGGCUGAAAAUGAUCGUAUCACAAGUGAAAUUCAGAGGAAAAAAGAUAAGGAAGGUAGAGAUAUCAUGGAAGGGAGGCUGAAGAAACUGGACGGUGGAUUUGAUGCGAAGGAUAAUGAUACUGCAUCUGACUCAACCUUGAAGCCCAGGGAUUCAGGGUACUACGAUCGGGAUGGGAACGAAACUGACAAGAGGAACGGUGUUAGAGCAAGGAGCAGGUUUUCUAGGUCCCCCCAUUCAGCUGCAGUUUCCACUUCGCCUCAUAGAGGCUCACCUUCAAGGUCAAUGAGCAAAUCAUUUUCAAAUUCUCGGAGCUAUUCGGGUGGUAGACGCAGGUCAAGGAGUGUAUCCAGGUCUCCAGAGGCUCAAGGACGCUCCCUUUCUUUUGAAAAGAUUCGUCAUUCUCUGCGACGGCGAUCUAUUUCUCCUCGAAGACAUUCCCCUCGACAAUCUCCUAAUAGACGACUAUCUUAUUCAAGGAGAAGAUCCAGAUCCCGCUCAAACUACAGAUCUCCUUCUCCUCUACGACGUAGAGUGCAUUCUCCAUUCCAUCGCAGUUCACCUUCUUUUCGUCGACGUAGAACACCCUCUCCAGUGCGUCGACGAAGAUCACCUUCUCCAGUGCGUCGACGACGAUCACCAUCUCCAGUGCGUCGAAGAUCACCAUCUCCAGUGCGUCGACGAAGAUCACCUUCUCCACUGCGUCGACGUAGAUCACCUUCUCCACUGCGUCAACGGAGAUCACCUUUGCGCCGACAUAGAUCACGAUCACCUAUUGGAAGGGGGCGGUCGCCCUCUCCUAUACGGCCAAGAUCACCUAUAACUCGGCAUAGAUCACCUUCACCUUCACCUGUGCGCCGAAUACCACCAACCAGUGUACGACUUAGAUCAGACUCCCCCAUGCAAUCUCCCUCCCCCAUAAGACGAAGGUAUGAUAGUAGAAUUCGGCGUUCUCUGUCUCCAUUGCGGCGUAGAUCACCUAUUUCUGCUAAGAAAAGAUCUCCAAAUACUUCCUCACGGAGGUCUCCCUCUCGAGAUGAAUGGAGUUCUCAGUCUCCAGUUCGGCGUGUAUCUCCAUCUCCUCCAAGGCACCAGAGAAGUCCUCUGCAGUCUUCUAUGGGAAGAGUCAGAACCCAAGAAAGAUUAUCAUCUGAGACUCGUGAACCCUCUAGUCCUUUGCGGUCUGUACAAAGAGAUAAAAGUGGCAAAGCUUCACACUGUAAAUCACAAGAUUCAAUGUCCACACCUGAGAAGUCUCCAAUUCGAUCUGUAUCUCCACAAGCAAGUAGUGGGACCAGCAGUGAAGACAGAAGGCCUCAUCAAAGCCCUUUGAAGCAAAGAAGAAAGAAGCUGACCAAUGAUAGAAGCUUGAGUCCUCUGAAGAAACAAAGAACCCAGAAACCUAGCCAUUACAGCCCAGAGACAAGGGAAGAAGCUGAAGAACCAUAUUAUUCUAGAGGGGGCAGAGAUCCUAAGAAGAAUUCAUUACUAAACAUGUCAAAAGAUUCCCCAGUUAGUAAGCAAAAAGAUUCACCUGCAAAAUUUCGUCGUGAGGAUGGGUUCUCUCCUGAAAGAGCAGCGGCUCAUCCAGCUUCUAAAUAUCGUCAUUAUGAUAACAAUGAUUGGAAUAAGAAAGACCGGGAGAUAAAACGUGAUAAAUCUUCUGGAAAAGGCACCGAGUUUUCUGCUCAACAGAAGUCACCAAUGAACAAGGAAACUUUUUCCAGGGAGAAGCUUCAUGAAUCUUAUGCUGUAGAUAAGGAUCGGUCCCAUUCAAAUUAUGCCAAAAGUUGUGAUCGGCGCCACAAAUCUGAAGCCACUGAAGAUUUAGUCGAAAAAGUUGACCUUGUCAAUCAGAGUGCUUCAUAUGAUUCUGUUUCUGAGGAAAGUGGUAAGCGUAGACGGGAGGGAAAGGAUAGGAGAAAGCAUAAAAGGUCUGAGAAAAAAUAUGCAUCUUCUGAUGAGGAUUAUAGUUAUGAUUCUGAGUUGGAGGACAGGAAAGAGGCUAAGAGAAAGAGAAAGGAGGAGAAGAAACUGCGGAAAGAGGAGAAGCGUCGAAGACGUGAAGAAAGACGGCGGAGAAGGGAAGAACGGCGUACUGAGAAGCUGAAAAUGAAGAGUAAAGCAGACGAUAUUUCAGAUGACGAAGCUGAACCAAUGGAUUGUCAUCGAAGUGACAGUGAAGAGAUGCCAUCUGAGCAAAAGAAGCUUGAGAUUGAAUUACGGAACAAGGCUCUAGAAUCCCUCAAAGCAAAGAGGAGCAUGAAUAACUGAAUACAACACUAUUGAGUUUUAAGUUUUAUGAUUUAAAAACUUAUUGAGAAAUAUCUUAGCUUAUUUAAGAAACCUGGCUUUACAAAUGUUAUGUUUUUUUAUUUUUUUGGUAGAUGUUUGAUGUCGUCUAUCUUUAAUGCUGGCAGCGGAAAUGGAUAAAUGACGCUUUCUGAGCAAAUCUGUUGAGUACAACUCUAUGCAGACAUUGCCCUAUGUUUACUGAUGAAAUUUAUGUCAACUCUAGAUGACCUGGUGAGAAGACCAUGUGCAGGCCUAUAUUUUGAACUUCAAUUCAGUGCAUCAAUGGAUGGAAAGAUAACAAGAAUGGAGAGGAUACAAAUUUGGAUUCCCAAGUGAAAAGGGAUGGUGAAUUUGUGCGUUGUUUGAACGGUUGGCGUUGGAUAUUUUUGCAAUGGAUAAACUCUGACUACGUGGCUAUAGCCAAUUCGCUGGCUUCUUCCAUUCAGAUAAUUUCCCCAACAUCAAACAAAACUAAUGGUUCACUCAGUAGCUAAGAGAUGCACAAACCAAACUCUAACUGAAGGCGAAGGGUCACCUUGGAAAUCUUCACUCUAUCCAUGGCUCCCACACUCACAUCCAAUUCAUCUCUUUUACCCACCACCCCUCAUUCAAGGUUGACCCUCCGCAACCCAAGGCUAAGAGUCUUUGCUAAGAAGUCACUUAGUCAGCAAGGUGAAGAUGGAGCUACCUCUUCCAAUUCCAACCCCUUUCGUCUCAACUUUGGAAAGGUACCUGAUGUCACAUCUUUGAUCCCACUUACAAGCAACACUUCUUCUCCCGGUUUUUCCUUUAGGCGCAAGGAUCCUUCAGCAGUCUUUGUGGCUGGCGCAACAGGCCAAGCUGGUAUUCGCAUUGCACAAACGCUGCUGAGAGAAGGUUUUAGUGUACGUGCUGGAGUCCCCGAACUUGCUUUUGCACAAGAACUCGCUCGUCUUGCUACUCAAUACAAGAUCAUAUCAAAGGAAGAGGCGAAGCGUCUAAACGCAGUGCAAUCAAGCUUCGAUGAUGCAGAUUCAAUAGCCAAAGCAAUAGGCAAUGCGAGCAAAGUGGUUGUGACAAUUGGGCCCACAGAGAAUGGGCCAACGACACCGGUCUCAACUUCAGACGCAUUGCAAGUGGUUCAGGCAGCACAGCUGGCAGGAGUAGGCCACGUGGCCGUCAUCUACGACGAGAGCAUCGCGGGCGGCUCAACCUACAAUGUACUGGAUGGCAUCUCCUCCUUCUUCAACAAUCUCUUCUCUCGGUCUCAACCAUUGACCAUACAAGAGUUCUUACAGAAAGUGAUCGAAACAGACGUCAAAUACACCUUCAUCAAGACAAGUUUGACCGAUGAUUUCACACCCGAAGGUUCAUACAAUGUGGUCGUCUUAGGCGAAGGAAGCCCCGGUUCGAACGACUAUAAAGUAUCAAAGUCCAAGAUUGCAUCCUUAGUGGCCGGUGUCUUCUCCAACACAGAGGUAGCAGAAAACAAGGUUGUCCAAGUGUACUCGAACCCGAGUGCCCCCUUGAAGCAAGUAGAAGAACACUUCAGCACUAUUCCUGAGGAUGGAAGGAGACAAGUGUAUGCUGAAAUGCUGGAGAAAGCUAAAGCAGAGGAAGAAGCAAGAGUGGCUGCUGAAAAGGCUCGUGAAGCUGCUGAAACAUCAAAGAAAUUGGAAGAAGAGGUGAAGAAGCUUUCGAAGCAAGAAGCACGGGCAACUAGUCUAGCUCAAGAGGCUCAAGAGGCUCAAGAGAAGGCAGAGGCGGCAGGGGCAUCAGUGGAAACCCUCUUGAACAAGGCAAAAGAUUUUGGUGCAGGCUUUUCAUGGCAAAAGUUGAGCUCACAGAUUGCUACUUCAACC